AUGGGCGGAGUCAAGAAGGAAUACUGUAGGUGCAGCCGAGUGGGAGGCCGAGCAGCAGCCGCAGCAGCCUCAGCCUCAGCCUCAUCACGCAGCCUGUGUUCAGUUGGCGUCUUCUCCCACCGAUUCAGCACGCUGGCGGCAUUCACGAUGAGCGAUAACCUACUCGGAGGUACCACCGUCUCGCAGUUUCAAGAGAAGGUGAAGGACCUGGGAGUGUCGCUGCACGAUUUCACCGCUUACUAUCCAGGUACUCUAGAUACCGUUUCUGCAAGUCUUCGACCACUCGCUGACCCAUCUUCAGCCAUUCAUUGUAGUUAUGGCGCAUUCAAGAAAAUCAAAACCGAAGGCAACGGAUCAAGUGUGUUCGGCUCGUCGCUUGCCGGAGUCGCGAGCACGCCAGCGAGUUGCCGACGACGUCAUCGAACAACGUUCACACAAGAGCAGCUAGCUGAGUUGGACGCUGCUUUCCAGAAAAGCCACUAUCCGGACAUUUACGUACGCGAGGAGUUGGCUCGAAUAACAAAAUUGAACGAAGCAAGAAUUCAGGUGUGGUUCCAAAAUCGGCGAGCAAAGCAUCGAAAACAGGAAAAACAAUUGAAUAAGGCGAUUAAUCCUCAACAUGCAUUUUUGACGAAUCAGGCUGGAAAUUUGAUGAGACAAGGAAUGUAUUCGACAGCUCUUAAUCGAGAUGGCUUCUGGUAUCCAACGUAUCCGCGACAAAUGCCCUAUCCAACGACAAGCCCGUCGUACUCAAAUUCAUUCACAAAUCCAAUUGCCAACUUCGGACAAUCAAUAACCCCAUUCUCGACGGACGAGGAGUUUUAUCAAAAAAGUCUCGCACUUCGGAUGAGCAGUGCUCCAUCAUCAACGACGACGUCAUCGACUGCCACAUCGGGAAACGCGGCAAAUUUGAGUUAUUCCCAGAAUCAGCAACAACAACAAAAUGAUUCGGCAUCAACGACGCCGACAAUUUGA